AUGGAGGGCGGAGACGACUUCACCUUCCCCUUUCCCAUCAAUCAGAUGGGACCUCCUACUGACAUAUUUCCGGUCCAGUACCAAGAAAACAUAUUAAAAAUUCCCCAUCCAUCAAAAUAUGUCCCGCUAUCUUCUCAUAUGCAAUCAAAAAUGGCACCAGUGGCGGUCCACUCACCAGUUUACCGCUCAAAGUACAAAAUUGACAUUAGUUCUCUCAGAAGAGAAAGGCCAAGGUCUCACCCCGAAUCUAUUGAUCCACUAAUUAGGGCUGUAAACGAUAUUUCAAUUUCAGAGUGGAAAAUAAGAUGCCUGGCACAUAAGCAACAACUACGGCAGCAAAAUUCGCAACAGCAACAAGCGUCCGUCCCUAAGGCUAUGAGUGAUGUUGAACUAACUAUGGACAUUGCGGAGAAGAUGGGCCAAAACGCGCAUGAGGAGAGGGAAGUUUUCAAGUCGAACGAAUCUAUCGAAUCUACAACUUCUACCGUAAACUUCACAAAUCAGAUGAGCCUCAUACCAUUCCAAAAAGAUUUUUUACAAUUUGAAAUAUCAAUUCCACCAGGAAUACUGCAAGUAAUUGCAAUGCUUAUAAAAGUUUUAGCUAAGAGAUUCCCCGCCUGGCGAUGCAAUGAUCAUGCUCUCGCCAGCAACAAUAUAAACACUCAAAACACAUUCGAAGGUAAUUGCCUAACUUUGAACGAUAAUACGAGAAUCAAUAACAGCGCCUGCUGUAAUUCUUUUUGGAGCAAACAAAAUUUCAUAACAUUUAGCCAGGAGUUAGCCAAACACUUGCAAUUGCAACGUUACUACUGCCACCUUCGCAACAUAGAGCUAAUGGCCAAGGGACGCCAUAAAUUGACCCAGGUUUAUAUAGAAAUUGCUGAAGCCAUAACACCCUCAAUUUACGGAGAAAGUCUUCAAUCUAUCCCGCCCACACUCGGUGCCCUAUCCCUAGUGAUUGACACCCUGGCCCUCGAUGCUCAUAAGUCCUCAUAUCCCUCAUAUGACGCUGGAUGUUACAACUGGACUUAUAGUGAUUGUCAUAAACUGGAUGUAAUUAUGAAACGUCUGGAUUUCUUAGUAACUGAAAGGAGUUGUGAUGGCAACAGUGCUGCGGACGCAAAGGUCAAUUUGGAGAAUGCGGAAGUGCAUGACAACGUAUUCAAAUAUUUGCCUACCUACCCUUUUCAGCACAAAUGUUGUAGAUACUUGGCUACUAACACAGGUGAACUGGUGAAUAAUCCAUCCUACCAUACAUUGCAACGAUACUCUGUAUGCAAUAAAUGCCUAACCGUGUGCUUAUGCAACUGUCCAAUUACGCAAGAAUUUGAAAUUGAGUGUGAUAUGGAGUGUAAUCCAUCGCAUUUUUCAAAUUUUUCACAUGUUUCCCGAUCGGAAAUUUCGGAUUUUUCGGAUUUCAUGUACAUUUCAAGAUCCUAUUCCCAUGGUUCUUGCCUUUAUGAUUACAAUACUCCAGACGAAAUUAGUGACCAUUCCAGUUUGUAUAGUUCCCAUGAAGUUGAACCCAAUCAUAGAAAUGCAAUUAACAAGCUCUCCCGAACAUUGUCUGUCGAAACCUCCUCUGCUGUAUCAAGCAAUUACGUGUCUUUCAACAGUAAUACACUAAACAGCAGCACUAGCAGGUGGUCCAAAGAGAUUGAUCUGCUCAAAUCCUCCGAAGGAAAAGUGUAUUAUGGCAAAUCUUCCGCAAUUUCUCACUCUUCAGCCUCUCCCCAAUUACACUCAACAUUCCUACGCGCAAUAAGUAACAACGGCCAAAUGGCGCUUAUCCAAAUUAUUAAUUCGCCCUAUUUACGCAUUUUAAGCCUAAUAUGCGAUGUGCUUAAAAUGCCUCUCCCCAAUAUUGAAAUUGAUUUAUUUUGGUGGCGCUACAUUGAAGCCUACUUUGGAAAACUGCUGAACAAUUGUCCCGGAGAAUUAAUCAAAUCAAAUGAUACAACCCUUGGUAAAUUCAUGGCUUCGAUCAUUGACGUAGAUAAACUGGUAUCCGAAUUAUGUGGAUCUAUAGAAUCAACAGUUAUCGAUUUCAAAAUGUCAAAUCCAAACUGCAUAGAUAUAUUCGUGCCUGGAUGCGAACACGUUUGUAGGCGGUUUGAAAAAGAUAAAUUGGGCCCUUGGGGCUUCUAUGCCAGUGCAGUGGAAUAUCUUGUUAUCCUUAACUCUCUGACCCAUGAUCUGGUCUUUAACGAAAAUACACUAUCUUUCGCCCUCGGCAUAAAUACGCCCAUAAAUGAUAUAAACGAUGGGCCAGGUACGACUGGAAGUGUAAGUCAUACCCAUGCCCUCGAACAAAAAAACUACUACAUCUAUCUUAAUGGAACUCCAUCUUGUCUGGCCUCCAUCUUUAGAGAUAAAAAUCCAAACCAUAGCCUGACUCUUGCCAACUGCGGAUCGGACCACAUUGACAUGCAACACCUCGAUGAUAUAUAUGAAAGUAUAGCCCUAGAGGCUGAAGAAAUCCUGAUGAAUCUGGUGGAUGCAGAUUCCUUAGAGACGAUUGAAGAAGUUAACAAGCUACAACCUGCAUACAGGAGGGGCUACUUCAAUGUGACGGUAACACCAAGCAAAUUCGUAUUAUGUCUGCCAGUUCAUUUCUGCGGUAUUUGCUAUCCACUACGGCGUGAUUGCAUUGGAUCAAAGCGUUGCUUUACCUGCUCUGCUUCAAAAGAAGCAAUAGAAGAGGCACUUCGUAUAUGUGGUAGCACCAAACAUGGGCUCGAGGUUAAGCAUAGAGAAAUUAUCGUGACAUUUAGUGCUAAGCUGGGGAAAGAAGAGUGCAUUAGAUUGAUCAAUCAUGUAGAGGAAGAAUUUAUAUCAGAGUGCAUUUUUCAGGCUUGCAAAAGUGUAUCCAGCAACAAAGUGGCUAUUAUAUCACCAGUUUAUAAGAAGGUGACUAGUUUCACCGCGCAAUCAUGCGGUGGCAUGGCCAAUGCCAUGGCUGAGGCCAAAAAAUGUUGCAAGAUGCUUCACCGCAUAUAUAAUAAUGUUGAGUCAGAAACCUUAGAGAAUUCUGAUUUGGAGAUUACUAGUGUGACCAAUGGUGCGCUGUGUACCGCGGACUGGAAAAACUUGAAACAACAUUUGGGUGCUGUGUUCAAGCGAUUCAACGACAGAUUGGGGAGGAGAAUUAGGAAGUCGUACCAAAUUAAGCUUUGCGAUGAACAAUAUGCAUUAAUGUUUGGGGGGGAGUUGUUGCCAUUGGUCACUGACAAUAUCACCAAUGUAGUGGCCCUAGGUGAUGCGAUUAUGGAGGCGCUAAAAACACUGGGCAAGCAUUGUUGUUCCACUGUUUUUGUCAACAAUUUUGAUGAUGUAUCUCCAAAGAUGAUAACCUAA